CAACUAUUGUCAGUGGAUAUGCCAAAAGGCAAGUGGCAACCCACAAAGGCCUCUUUCGCUACCAGUUUGGCAUUGGAGCAGUAGGUGGCAGGCUUCUCACGAAACGAGUGACAUCAAGCGAAAUAGACAAAGUACCAUCACAUACACUAAGAGAAACAAGGGUCUGGUAAAAUGGCUGGAAAACGCAUUUGCUUAAUCGGUGCAGGCCCGAGUGGAAUGUCAGUUCUGUACCAAGCUGAAAAACUGCGAAAAGAAGGCAGAGAUGUGCCAGAAAUUGUUUGCUACGAGAAACAGUCAAACUGGGGCGGACUUUGGAAUUAUACAUGGAGAACGGGUCUUGACGAAUAUGGUGAACCAGUUCACAGUAGCAUGUACCGUCAUCUAUGGUCAAAUGGGCCUAAGGAAGCGCUUGAAUUGCCCGACUACACAUUCGAGGAUCACUAUGGCAAACCAAUCGCGUCCUUUCCAUCAAGGGAAGUCCUUUUUGACUACCUAAAAGGUCGCUGGAAGAAAGAGGAAAGUCUCCGUAAAUGCAUACUGUUCAACCAUGUUGUCCGCAACGUUGACUACAAUGACUCUACAGACAACUUCACAGUCGUUGCAAAGAACUUAAAAGAGGACAAACUUUUGCCUCCGGAAGUCUAUGAUUACGUCGUUGUUGCCUCAGGUCAUUUCUCCACCCCAAAUGUGCCAUCUUUUCCAGGGAUAGAAACCUUCCCUGGAAAUGUGUUGCACGCACACGAUUUCAGAGAUGCCGAAGCAUAUAGAAGCAAACGAUUGCUUAUGAUUGGCUCGUCAUAUUCUGCAGAAGACAUUGCCUUGCAAUGUGCUAAAUAUGGUGCUUCGUCAAUUGUGUGCACGUGGCGAACAAAGCCAAUGGGAUUCAAAUGGCCUUCUACAAUCACAGAAAGAGCUCUUUUGACAAGAAUUGAAGGCUCUACCUGUUAUUUUAACGAUGGCAGUCGAUUUGAACCCGAUGUUAUCAUGUUUUGCACUGGAUAUUUGAUCAGCUAUCCUUUUCUUGCGGAAAAUCUUAGACUGCGUGGAAGAAACAUACUUUUUCCAGAGACUCUAUAUAAGAACACGCUUUGGACUGAAGGAGGAAACAAAAAGUUGUUUUACAUUGGUGCUCAAGAUCAAUAUUACACUUUCUCCAUGUUUGAUGCACAAGCUUUGUGGGCUGUCAAGUUUAUUCUUGGAGAUAUACAAGCACCAGAUUGUGAGGAAAUGAGAGCUGUCUUGAAACAUUGGAUUGAAAAGAACCAAAGCUUGAGAGACUGUCACGAUGAGAUAAAUUUUCAAACAGAAAUUCUGGUCGACCUUGCGAAAGAGAGUGGUUACGGCUAUGAUUUGGACUGCAGCGACAUGUUUCACGAAUGGGAGCACCACAAACAUGAGGACAUUCUCACGUACAGAGACAAAAGUUUCGCAAGCAAAUUCACUGGUACCCAGUCUCCUCUGCAUCACUGCACAUUCAUGAAGGCCUUUGAUGAUUCGGUUGAGGCGUACCUCAAGAAUAUCUGAAGUGUCAAGAGUAUGUUGGAGUGGUCAUUGACAUCUGAUAGAUUUGUUAUAGUUUGCAGGAAAACAUCUUGAUUGUUAACUUUGAUUCUUGCUUUAUUUUAAUGAAAUUGAAAUAUGGCUUAUGGAGAAAGUCAUUAAAGCUAUUUUCAA